AUGGAGUGGGCUAAAAGGGCCACGGAGUGGGCCAAAAGGGCCACGGAGUGGGCCAAAAGGGCGAGGGCGCGGGCCAAAAGGGCGAGGGCGAGGGCGCGGGCCAAAAGGGCGAGGGAGCGGGCCAAAAGGGCGAGGGAGCGGGCCAACAAGAAUAGAGACGGUAGCGGCAAGGACGGAGACGGUAGCGGCAAGGACGGAGACGGUAGCGGCAAGGACGGAGACGGUAGCGGCAAGGACGGAGACGGUAGCGGCAAGGACGGAGACGGUAGCGGCAAGGACGGAGACGGUAGCGGCAAGGACGGAGACGGUUGCGGCAAGGGCGGAGACGGUUGCGGCAAGGGCGGAGACGGUUGCGGCAAGGGCGGAGACGGUUGCGGCAAGGGCGGAGACGGUAGCGGCAAGGGCGGAGACGGUAGCGGCAAGGGCGGAGACGGUAGCGGCAAGGACGGAGACAGUAGCGGCAAGGACAGAGAUGCUAGCAGCAAGGACAAUGGAGCAGGCAACAAGAAGAGAGGUGAUAGCAUCAAGGACAGUGGAGAGAGUAAUGAGGAUACUGAUGGCACAAACAAGGACAGUGGAGGGAUCAAUGAGGACAAGGGUGACAGCAACAAGGACAUGGGAGGAAGAAACAACGUCAGCAAUGGACAAAUUUGGGGAUGA